AUUGACGGGAGUAAACUCCGUGUACAGUCUUCGGUCAGAAAAAUAACUAUUGUAAGGCGAACACAGCAAUUUGGAUUAAAAGGCUUAGAUACUUCUUGGACCCUUGGGGAUUUAUUAAAAAAUAUUGAAAACUAUGAAGCAAGGUGAAUCAGAUGAAUCAGAGUAACACAUGAGGAAAUCUGCCCCUGCCGGGAUGGUGUAGAUGUAUGCUUUGCAGAAUGAGCUUACAGAAAAAAAGCCUUCACAGAACACAGAACAGAAGAAAACGUCCUGGAUGCCUUCUUCAAAACUAUUUGUAUGUUUGGGAUGUUUGCUUAUUGUAUUUCUUGGGAUUCAGAUACAACAGAACAAGGCUUCAAGUGAAGAAGUUCAAGAAUCCAGUGACGAGCUUCGAAUCCUGAUGAUCGGAAAGACAGGUGUGGGCAAAAGUGCAACAGGAAACACCAUCAUUGGAAGAAAGGCUUUUAAAUCUGAUAUGUCUUCUUCAUCUGUAACCACACAGUGUGAGAAAGAAAAUGGACAUGUCCAUGGCAGAAAAGUGUCUGUUAUUGACUCUCCAGGGCUGUUUGACACUCAGUUAUCUGUAGAUGAGGUGGUCGGUCGGAUUAAGCUGUGCAUUCCCUUCUCUGCUCCAGGACCUCAUGUCUUUUUAGUUGUGAUUCAAAUAAGUAGAUUUACAGAAGAAGAAGAAAAAACAGUUCAGCUAUUUCAAGAAAUCUUUGGAGAAAAGUCCUCCAAGUACACUAUGGCUCUCUUUACUCAUGGAGAUCAACUAAAGGGGAAAAAUAUUCAUCAGUUUGUUCGAAACAAUACAAAGCUUUUGAAUUUUAUCAAGAAAUGCAAUGGAGGAUACCAUGUGUUUAAUAAUGAAGACCAGAAUCCAGAACAAGUCAUCCAGCUUCUGGACCAGAUUGAUAUGAUGGUCACUGUAAAUGGUGGAGACCAUUACACUACAGAGAUGCUUCAGGAAGCAGAGAGAGCGAUAGAAGCAGAGAAACAGCGGAUCCUCAAAGAAAAUGAAGCACAAAGAAAGAAAGAGAUAGAAGAGCUAAAGAAGAAGUUUGAAGGGGAGGCACUGAAGAAAGCAAUAGAGCAACUAUUUCGGGAACAUAUUAGAGCAGCAAGAAUGAGAGGGUUUCUCGACAAAAAUUUGUUAGCGGCGGUGGCGGCGGCGGGGGGGGAAAGCGGCGGCUGGGCGGGGCUAGGGGCGGGACAAGGCUUCUUUGUGAGAUAGACCACAGACAUUUAACAAUUAUUUUACUACAUUUAACAAUUAUUCAUUUAACACUAAAUAUAAAAUUUAAACAACAUAUAAUAAAUAAGAAAGUGCAAAACAACAUUCAAAAUUUUGUGUACACGCGUUUUAUCAACUGGUUAUCCUCCAGACAGUGACGGACCACGUCUUUCUCUCAUUUCGGCCGUGUGGCGCGCGUGCCCGCUCGCAUUGUGAAGCGCGUCCGCGCUAUUCUCCGAGAUGCACUUGACGGCCUUUUGUCAGCGGAAUUUUUUUAUGUUUGGACGACCUAGUUAAGGCGGUAGGGCUUCCGAGCUUAGGCAGGCCGCCCGAACUGCAAAGUGCUGCGGGAAACCUUGGAUUAUAAAUUUAACAACAUGUAAGAUCAGAAUUUCUAUUAACGUAAUAAUUUACUCCUAAUUUUAAAUAUUGUUCAAAUGUGUCAAAUAUUGUUUUUAAAUAAAAUAAUAGAAAACA